AUGGUGAAAGAUUGUUUAGAUUAUGUUCGAAGGUGUAAAGCUUGCCAAUUCAAUGCUAACUUCAUGAAUCAACCACCUAAAGUAUUACACCCAACUGUUGCUUCUUGGCCAUUUGAUGCUUGGGAUUUGGAUGUUGUUGGUCCAUUGCAAAAGUCUUCUAGUGGACAUCUAUACAUUUUGGCCGUAAUUGAUUACUUCUCGAAGUUGGUUAAAGUUGUUUCUCUUAAGGAAGUAAAGAAGGAAAAUGUGGCUAACUUCAUCCGAGUCAAUAUUAUAUACCGCUUUGGCAUUCCUCGAUAUAUAUUGACAGACAAUGCAUUUAACAAGAUGCUCUACAACUUGUUGAAAAAGGUUGUCUCUAAGUCUAAGAGAUAUUGGCAUGAAUGGAUGGAAGAAGCUCUUUGGGCAUACAGGACCACAUAUCGCACACCAACGCAAGCGACUCAUUAUUCACUUGUUAAUGGAGUUGAAGCGGUCCUUCCACUUGAGCGUCAAAUCCCAUCAUUGCGGCUUGUCAUUCAAUAA